ACCAUAUACUACUUAACAUCUAUCCACCCUCUCAUCUAUCUCUUUCCCUAUCCUUCUCUAUCGUUGUGAUCUAACCCCUUUUUUAUUUAUGUAUAUAUAUAUAGUGAAUAGGUAUAUGAAUAUAUGUGUAUACGCGUGUAUAUGAAUAUAUAUGUGUACUAUGUUGGAGUACAUAAAACAAGAAAUAUAAUUAGCCUCUCGUGCAGCUCUAUUCGGGAGAGUGUGCAACCUGUCAAUGAUAAUGCAUGCUCUCUCUCCCCAAACUCUUCAUCUCCAUCUUCAUCUCGAAUUCCUCCGAUUUCCUUUUCUUGGGUGAUCAGAGACUCCAUUGAUCUUCAUCUCUCAGUCAAAAUUUUUAUUUCAGAUUAUUGAAACCCUCCACUACUGAGUACUGAUUCACACAGAUCUGGUGGGUUUCUCAGUAAUCUGUGAAGAACUGAGCAAAGGUUCUUCGGAAAAGUCUUAACACUUCCACAAAUUAAGACUUACAAUACGAAUCAUUUGGGCAUUUUUUGUAGCUCUUGGCUGUGAUUUGUUAGUUUAAAGACCAUGAAAGUGACGAACCAGAAAGAUUCUGAGAAAAUCAUUUGGGAUCAGAUGAGAAGCCCAUCGGGUGCACCCAUUGGCGUCACUGCUUCACAGAACCGAGCCCUACCCAAACUCAUGGUCUGGCUUAUCCUCUUCGUCUCCGUCACUUACGUUUUCUACACUCUGAAGCUCAUCUCCUCCCCUCGCGCUUGCCACGACGACAUCUUCGCCGCCGGCAACCACCACCGCCACAACCGUCCUCUCUUUGUGCAUUCAUCGGCAAAACCCAAAAUCACAUUCCCAUCACAAACUUCGAUUGAGAACCAGACGACCCAUGUGGCUCGCCGGGACGAAGAGGUCGUCGAAACCUAUCAGAGAACAGAGCUCAAACACAUCGUUUUCGGCAUUGCCGCGUCGGCGAAGCUCUGGGAGCAGAGGAAAAACUACAUCAAACUGUGGUGGAGGCCAACCCAGAUGAGGGGCAUAGUUUGGCUAGACAGUCCGGUGAAGACAGCCAAGGACGAGGGACUCCCGCCGGUCAAAAUCUCCGGCGACACGUCACGCUUUUCAUACUCGAAUCGGCAGGGCCACAGGUCGGCGAUUCGGAUUUCGCGGAUCGUAUCGGAGACCCUCCGACUGGGGAUGGAAAACGUGAAGUGGUUCGUGAUGGGUGAUGACGACACCGUUUUUAUCACCGACAAUUUGGUUAGGGUUUUGGCAAAGUACGAUCACAACCAGUACUAUUAUAUUGGGGGUUUGUCAGAGUCUCACUUGCAGAACAUAUAUUUCUCAUAUGGUAUGGCCUAUGGUGGUGGUGGGUUUGCAAUUAGCUACCCAUUAGCCAAAGCUCUUCACAAAAUGCAAGAUAGGUGUAUUCAGAGGUACCCAGGAUUGUACGGCUCAGAUGAUCGAAUGCAGGCUUGUAUGGCCGAACUCGGUGUCCCACUCACUAAAGAACUCGGUUUUCACCAGUAUGAUGUGUAUGGAAACCUGUUUGGGCUCCUGGCAGCACACCCGGUGGCACCAUUUGUGACAUUGCACCACCUUGAUGUGGUGGAACCGAUUUUCCCCAAUGUGACACGGGUGGAAGCUCUGCAGCAGCUUAUGGUUCCGAUGAAGCUUGACUCGGCAGGACUCAUGCAACAAUCCAUUUGUUAUGAUAAAGCAAAAAAGUGGACGGUUUCUGUGUCGUGGGGCUUUGCAGUUCAAAUUUUUCGGGGUGUUUUAUCACCGCGGGAAAUAGAAAUGCCAUCAAGGACAUUCUUGAAUUGGUAUAAAAGAGCUGAUUACACAGCAUAUGCGUUCAACACGCGUCCGGUUAGCCGGAACCUGUGUCAGAAGCCCUUUGUGUUUUACUUUUCGAACGCAAGAGUAAAUUCUUCACUGAAUCGAACAGUAAGCGAGUAUAUUCGGCAUCGCAUUCCUCAUCCUGAGUGCAGAUGGAAGAUGGCAGAUCCUGCCAAACUUGAUAGAGUGGAGGUUCAUAAGAAACCCGAUCCACAUCUAUGGGAUAGGUCUCCAAGGAGAAACUGUUGCAGGAUCUUGCAAUCGAAGAGCAGCAGCAUGGUGGUGGAUGUGGGUGUAUGUAGAGAAGGUGAGAUCAGUCAAAUUUGAUCAUAACCAAAGAUGAGAGCUUCCUUUUCUUCUUGUUUUAUCUUUCUCCAUUUUGAUUCUUAGUCUCAUUUCUUCAUUUGUUAAUUUCACGCCUUCAAUUUUUCAUGUAAGGGUCUUCUUGGAUGAACUGACAAACAAUCAUUAGAAAUACUCGGUGUAAAAGAAGUUGUAUUUAUAGUAUAUAUAUGUUGAUCGAGCUAGUUUAGUUUCUGAAUUAACUAGUUUGGUACUUUAGGUGUGGUAUCGGAGUGUGAAUCAAGGUCUAACUCUCUUCUUGAAAUAUUAUGGAUUAUUUUGUUUUAUUUUAUUUAUUUUUGUUUGUGGAACA